AUGGACCAAAGCCCGUCCUUGAUCCAGUCAGAUUCCCAACUAGAUGGGACCGCCACCUCGUUGGUCCUCUUCCACAAUGCUUUCUGCCUCGGGAGCUCGGAUAGACCGGUUUACGGCAUCAGUAAUCCUAAGUUUGACAGUGGAGGAGACUGGAGCCAUGGCCUGCGCCAAAUGAGCGUAGUCUACACGCAUCUGAUCGACAUUGCGCGCAGCUGCAAGUACCUCGGAUGGGAUGAAUAUGGCACCGGCUUCAUCCGGGCUUGUUGGGACACUCCGGGGAAUCACUUCGCCCUUUUCGAUGACCCUCAUGUCUGUCUCCCCUCCCCUCCACUGCAGUCCUUUUGGCUGGGAUAA